AAGAAUUCAUUUAACUUUAGUUUGGACUUUCCUUAUCAUUUCUUUCUCAAGAACCCAGCACUAUCAAUAUGGCUCCUCACGCUAUAGCUUCCGAGUCUGCUAGCACAGCACCUACGUUGAGUACUGCUGGUGGGAUCAAUAACCCUUUUGGAACUGCUGCUGACCCGCAUGCAAUCAAGGGUUCCAACUAUACUUCCGCCGAUACUAUUGUUAGUCAAGCUAUUUAUUCCAUUCUGGCCAAGAUCUUUUCCUAUGAAACUCCUGGCUCUUCUGGCUUGUUUGACUCUCACUUGCAACUCUGGUCCCUGCACUACAACCGUGUGAAUUCUUUUGGUGUUGUUCCUCAUCUUUAUAAUCUUCAAGUUAGAUCUGGAGCUUCAAAUGCAAUUUUGGGUUAUUUUGGUAAGAAUGGUACUCAUGGUCAACCUUUGACAUCUGUUUCUGCCUCAAAUGCCUUGUCUUAUAUGUAUCCAGUUUUGUCUUCUGCUUCUGCUCGUCUCCCAUUAUCCUUUAAUGUGUCUGCUCUUGAUUAUGAUGAAGCUUCCCAAUCGCUUGUUUCCAAUUACACUGGUCCAUUAAGUGUUGCUAGAGGUUUGGAUUACCCUGUUUUCACCCCAGUUGACUCUUCUAAUGGUUUGGAAAUCCAACACUUGACCGUUCUUAACCAUUAUUUAGCUGCCUUCACUGGUAGACCUUCCAUUAAUCUUUUCGAUGGUCCUGAAUAUGCAAAGACUUUCACCAAGUAUUCAAACUUGUUAUCAGUUGAUCAAUUAGGUCAAUUAUAUAAAGGUUUAUUGGAUGAAUCCUCUUCCAAUGGUCAAGUUCCUUCAAGCACUGAAGAAGCUGUGGAAAUUGCCUUUACCAAUUUGAACAAAUUGGCUGGUACCUCUUAUUCCCAAUUUGAAUAUAUUGGUCAUCAACAAGCCGAGGUUGUUUUCGUUGUUUAUGGUACCUAUGAAUCCACUCAAAUUGGACAAGUGAUCAAGAAAUUGGGUACUGAAAAAGUUGGUUUAAUUCAAAUCCGUAGUCCGUUGCCAUUUAACACUUCGAAAUUUAUUGCCACUAUUCCUGAAUCUGCUAGAAAAUUGGUUAUUUUAGGUCAAGCUGCCUCUUCAAUUUCAUCUGCCUCUACUUUGAAGGCUGAUGUCACUGCUGCUUUGUUUUUGGGUGGUCGUUAUCAUUCCUUAGUGGUUAAUGAUUUCUCAUAUCCAAUUAACUUUGUUUGGACUCCAAUUACAAUUGUUAAGAUUUUAACAGAAUUUUUACCUGAAUUAGAUCCAAGAGCUGUUUUAGAAAGAUCCGCCAACACUUCCAACGUUGCUCCGAUUACUGCAAACAGUUCUCCAGAAGGUAACUAUUUGAUUUGGGGUAGAGAUAAUGGAUUUUUAUUAUCAACUGCUGAAAAAUUGGCCUUAUCAUUAUCUUUAGAUAACUCUAAGGAUAUUACCCUUCGUAACAAGUUUGAUAACGUUAAUUCUGGUGGUUUAUUCCAAACUCAAAUUGUUUCCGGUGCUAAAGGUACUCCAUUCACCACUAUUGAUUCCGCUGAUGUUGUUUUGGUUGAAGAUUCUAAGAUUUUGGAAUCAUUUGAUGUUCUUGCCACCACUCGUCCAGGUGCUAGUAUCAUUUUAAUCUCUAACAAGAUUAAAAAUUCGGUGGAAGAAGAUGUAAUUGCCAAAUUACCAAUUACUUUUAAGCAAGGAUUGGCUCGUAAUCACAACAAAUUGGUUGUGGUUGAUUUUUCAAUUGUUGAAGAAUUGGAUAAAGAUGAUUCAACAAAGGGAUUUUCUGCUGAUUUCUUGGCUCAAGUGGCCUUUUGGAAGGUUGCAUUCCCUGAUUUGAAUGGAUUUGUUGUUAACAAGUUAUUGCAAGCCAAUGGUAAUGGAUUUGAAUUAUUGGGUGCUGUUUUAGAUAAAUUUGUUAACACUGUUAAUGAAAAGGAAGCCUUGAAAGUAAUUGAAGUAUUACCUGAAUGGAUUGACUUGGAAGAAGGAAAGGGUGAAGAACUCGUUGAAGAAACUGAAGAGGCAACCGUAGUUUCUACUGAAGAAGUUGUUGAAGUUGCUUCUCUCCCAUUCUUCCCAUCUGAAACAUCUAUUUAUGCUAAUCCAAGAAACCAAGCUAUUGAAAAUGAAGAUGCUUCUCAAGGUGAAUUUAUUGAUUUGGCUAAGAAAAUCACUUUCCCAGAAGCUUAUGAAACUGCUCAAGUUUUGAGACCUGACUUACCAGUUAAAAACUUUGUUGUGAAGGUUCAAGAAAACAAGAGAUUGACACCUUCUGAAUAUUCAAGAAAUAUUUUCCAUAUCGAAUUUGAUACUACUGGUACUGGAUUAACUUAUGAUAUUGGUGAAGCCUUGGGUAUUCAUGGUCGUAAUAACUCUAAAGAAGUUGAAAGUUUCUUGUCCUUUUAUGGCGUUGAUGGCGAUUCUUUGAUUGAAGUUGCGAACAAGGAAGUUCCAACUCUUGUUGAAACUAGAUCUGCUAGACAAAUCUUGGCUGAAGGUUUGGACUUUUUGGGUAAACCUCCAAAGAGAUUUUAUGAAUCUUUAGCACCAUUUGCUUCUGAACCAAAGGAAAAGGCUAAGUUAGAAAGCUUGGCUGGUGCCAGUGGAGCAGAAGAAUUGAAAAAGAGACAAGAUGUUGACUUUUGUACUUAUACUGACAUUUUGGAAGAGUUCCCAUCUGCUAGACCUUCCUUUGCUGAAUUGGUUAAGAUCAUUGCUCCAUUGAAGAGAAGAGAAUAUUCCAUUGCAUCUUCUCAAAAGAUCCAUCCAAAUGCUGUCCAUCUUUUGAUUGUUGUUGUCGAUUGGGUUGAUCCAAAGGGACGUAAGAGAUUUGGACAUUGUUCCAAAUAUCUUUCUGAUUUGAAGAUUGGUGAUGAAUUAGUAGUUAGUGUGAAACCUUCAGUUAUGAAGCUCCCACCAUUAUCUACUCAACCUAUCAUCAUGUCUGGUUUGGGUACUGGAUUGGCACCAUUCAAGGCCUUUAUUGAAGAAAAAAUUUGGCAAAAGCAACAAGGAAUGGAAAUUGGAGAAAUCUACUUGUUUAUGGGUUCUAGACAUAAGAAGGAAGAGUAUUUAUAUGGUGAACUUUGGGAAGCCUACAAGGAUGCCGGUGUUCUUACCCACAUUGGAGCAGCUUUCUCUAGAGAUCAACCAGAAAAGAUUUACAUUCAAGAUAAGAUUAGAGAUCAUAUUGAAGAAUUAACCGAUGCAGUUGUUGCUAAGGAAGGUAGUUUCUACUUGUGUGGACCAACAUGGCCAGUGCCAGAUAUCACUGCUUGUUUGGAAGACAUUGUCGCCAAUGGUGCCAAGAGAGCUGGUGUUGAAAUCAAGGAUGUUGCCCAUGAAGUUGAAGAAAUGAAGGAAAGCGGUAGAUACAUUCUUGAAGUUUAUUAGACUUCAUUUAUUUUAUAGUGAAUAGACAAACUUCCAGUGAA